CCGGUCUUGUAUCUUGGAAGUCCAAAAAGAAGCCAUUUGUUUGAAAGUCGUCUACAUAGGCGGAAUACUUUGCAUGUUUGUUCUAUGUUAUUUGAACUUGGUUAUCCUAUUCAAGAUCCUGUUCCGCUACUAUGUUGUAGCACAAGGAGUUUUUGACGUUGAUUAUGUGGGAGUGGCCCUUCUCUUCCCCUUUGCCCACCCACUAUAGCUUUCCCAACUUCAAGAAGAAGAACCAGAGCAAAACUCAGGUUCAUCAGGCUGAAUGUGUAGGAAAAAGUUGUGAUUUUUUUGGAAAAGGAAUUGUGGGGUUUCUUGUAGAUUCGAAUGUGGCCCAGGUUGGAUUUUAGUUCUUUCUUGACGUCCAUGGGGACGUUGUUCAUCAUAUUCGUGGUGCUGAUCCUCCUCUUCACUUGGUUGUCGAGGAAGCACGGGAACGCCGUGGUUUACUACCCCAACCGGAUUCUCAAAGAGUUGGAUCCGGUUGAAAACGGAUAUGCGACCCGGAACCCGUUUGCGUGGAUCCGUGAGGCCUCUCUUCCACCAAAGCUGAUAUCAUCAGAAUGUCAGGCAUUGAUACGACUGUCUACUUUGUCUUCCUCACCAAUGUCCAGGGCCGGCGCUGGGCAAGGGCUGGGUGUGCAAUGCCACGGGGGGGCCAUAAAUAUUGAAGGGUCUCCACAUUCUCAGGAUUGCCAAUGCCUUGGGCAUUUUGGUCAUUUCAGGCCUAACACUUCUGCCAACACUCCUUCCACUUGCUUCAAGUGAUCAUAGAUUCAUAGUGUGAGGUUAGACAAUACCACCAGCGAAGGGAGAUGACGUAACAAUGGAAAUUGUAGUAUAGCAGAAAAUAUAGAGAGAAAUACAAUGGCUUUUAAACCGUGCCAACUCUCCGACUGACUCCGAGUCCCAAGCAAAAAGAAUAAUCCCAGCCUCCUCUCUACUCUACCCUCGGCCUCUAUUUAUACUAGCUCUUCUCAUAUUAUUAUU